AUGUCAGGCGGAGGCAAUCGUCACUACGACCAAGACAAGGACAGCACCAUAUACGUGGGCCAAAUCGAAGAGCGCAUUCCCGAUCGCCUGAUUUGGGAGCUUUUCACUCAAGCAGGCCCGGUGGUCAACGUCCACCUCCCCAAAGACCGAGUCUCACAGUCGCACCAAGGCUUCGGCUUCGUCGAGUUUCGCGGCGAGAAGGAUGCCGAUUACGCGUGUCAGUUGAUGAAUAACAUUUCACUGAACAACAAGCGUCUUCGCGUCAACAAGGCCAGUGCGGACCGACGUGGUCCAGGUGGUGAACCAGCUGCAGCAGCUCAAGGCAUUGGCGCCGAGUUGUUUAUCGGCAACCUCGACUCGACCGCUGACGAGCGCGCGCUCUUCGACGUCUUCUCGCGCUUUGGUAGUCUCAUUGCCACGCCGAAGAUUGCGCGCACGGAAGACGGUCUCCCCAAGGGCUUCGGGUUUCUCAGCUACAGUACCUUCGAAGCCUCGGACGACGCGAUUGAGCACAUGAACGGCCAGCCUUUCGGUCCCAGCUCCCAGGAGAUCACGGUGCAGUACGCCUACAAAAAGGACGGCAAGAGUGAGCGUCACGGAGAUCCAGCGGAGCGUGCUCUUGCUGCUCAGGCCAAAGCCCACGGCAUCGAGGUUCAUUCCAUGGCGGGUGUCCCACCGACCGGGCCAGCCAACCCCUAUGGCGCUCCCUUCAAGCCAGAGGAUCCAGCGCCCCCGCCUCAGCCAGCAGCGUUCACUCCCCAGCACACACCUCAGCCUGGACCGUAUGCCCAGCAGUACCCUCCUCAGUACAGCAACCAAGGAUACAACCCCAACCAAGGAUACAGCAACCAGGGGUACAACGCGCCGCAGCCUCAGUAUCCGCAGCAAUACCAGCCGCAGCAGUAUCAGCCGCAUCAGUACCAGCCGUACCAGUUCCCGACGCCGCAACCGACGUACAAUACCAUGGCGCCACCGCCGAUGGGAGCGUUCCCGCCACCAAACGCCAACCUUCCCCCACGUCCGCCAGGUCCAUACCCCAACAACUACCCGAAUCAGCACAACGGCGCGUCGCAACUUCCCUAG